GGAACCUAACCCUAAUCAGGUAGGCAUGGAGGUUUUGGAAACUGCUCUGAAUCAAUUGCGGAAUGGCCCUGAAUUCAACGUAGCAUCGAAGGUUUGUGCAAUUGGAGCACCUAAAUCGCAGACACCAGAUUGCGAUUGUUUCUUUGAAAGAUCGCUGUAGUUUCACUCAAGCAAAUUCUGGGGGUGGUUCGACAAGUGCUAGCUGCAGGGUUUACUGCAGCAGAUUUUGAGGUUUAGGAUCGGGGUCGCAUCAUGGGGCGGAGUCGAGUAGCAGAUGACGAUGUGGCUAUGGGAGAGUCUGAAGAGGAAGCGCAGCAUCUCAAUGCGUACAGCUCUGACGAGGAUGAAGACUCGAAAUUUGACGAGGCCAUUCAUUUAAAUGAGGAUGGACGCCUUCGGAUGCGGUCAGAUAUUACCAUGGAGGGACCUGCUUACGCUGGUAGAAAGAGUAGUCGUUCCGCUGUCUUCGAAAGCACCGAUGAAAAAAAGCUGCAGGCUGAGGAGAAUGCUACAUCUGAGGACGAGGGGGAAGGCGGGAGCGUAGGCAACGAUGACAGCGACGACGAAGACGACGACGACAACGGCGACCUCCAUUUGCUAGGGAACACGGACUAUGAACUGGAUAGAGAAUACGAGGAACUUCGCAAGCAAGAAGAAGAGCUGGUCAACAAAUUGAAACGAAAACGUUCGGAGGAUCAGGGAAAAGGUGACUCUGUGCGUCAUCAGAAGGUUUUAUGGGAUAGAGCUUUAGAGAUGCGAAUUUCAAUGCAGAAGUUGCUAACGGGAGCCAAUCUACUGCCACAGUUACAAGGCAAGCAAGAGCUAUGCAAAAGUAACAGCGAUUGUAAGAAGGCAUAUGACUCUUUAACCAAGUCUGCUGUAGCUGCUCUUAAUUGUUUUCUGGAGCUGAAAGAUGCACUCAUUGAAAAUAACAGCGCCAUCGCAGAGACUGGUGCUACUCAAGAGGAUGGAAAGAAAAAAGAGUCAAAAACUGAAGAUGCAGCUGAUGGUUCGUCUGAUUCACUAUGGAAACGUAUGGAUAUCAUUUACUCAAGCAUAACUCCGUAUCGGAAUUCUUCAGUAGAUAGAUGGCAACGUAAGACACAAUUGGCAACAGGCGCAGCUGCUGUCAAAGGAAGAUUUCAAGCUUUCAACCAGAGCAUAUCUCAGCAGCUUACUAAUGCCUUGAGGAAUCCAGACCAAUUAGUUGAAAGCAUCCGUUCAACUCAGUCAAAAGAGCAGGAAACUCCUGGUUUGGUUGACAAUAGUGGUGCAUUAGUGGCUACAACUGAUGGCACGAAUGAACAGGAAAGUGCCCCAGUGGUUGAUGAUUCGGAAUUCUAUCAACAGUUACUUGUAGAAUUCUUGGAGAGUUCCAAUCCAGGUGCACUUGGAGGAAUUCAGCGAAGGCAGCAUACAAAGAAAAGGAAGAUCGUGGAUCGUCGUGCAUCUAAGGGAAGGAAAAUCCGGUACAAUGUUCUUGAGCCGCUGGUAAAUUUUAUGGCUCCUGAACCCAUGGAGCUACCCCCGAUGGCAUCUAAACUUUUCGCCAAUCUGUUUGGUCAACGGUCAACACCUGUUUCAUGAGGAUAGUAUGACUUCCAAAUGACCAUGCAUACUAUAUUUUGAUCGGACAUCAGGUGCCCCACCUCAAUUUUUGGUAGCUUAAAACCCUGCCUUUACAGCUUAUCAGGAAAAGAAGCGUACACAACAUUCAUUGGUCUCUCAAAUCCAAGCUUAAAGAGAUGUAGGAUUCAAAGGUCGUAUGAGUUACUACCUUAAAUGUAGUAGUCACCCACAGGAGCUGAAUGCUUCAGAACUGAAUUCAUUUUCUGAAGCAUAAAUGACACAGUAUGUGACAAAUGUAGCUUUCUGAUUUUAUAUAGCAUUUUCAACCCCCCUUGUGUUUAGAAAGUGCUCAUUAUGUUUGCUUUCUGCCUUAUAGAUUGUGUUUUAUGUCAUUAAGGCUGUAAACAUUGAUAAUUGUAUCACAUGAUGGGCUUAAAAAGAGGGACAGAUUGAGAAUACUCAGUUCAAUCUCAUUCCAGUGAGUUGACCCUUCAACGCCUUACGAUAUUAUAUUUUAUCUACGAA